AUGUGGAAGAAGAAGUUCUUUUACAUCAAGGCUACUGCCAUUGUUGCAAAGAUGACGUUUCGGAACGUGACCGAGACGAUCAUAGCAGAGACCAUUGGGGUCCCUAGUGUGAAGACGGUGGAGUGGUUUCCGCAGUUGCAGACCAUUGAGUCUGUGAAGUUGACCAACACCCAGUUGUGGGUGUUGCGCAUGAUGUUGACAAGGAGGAACAAGAAGUCGAAGCCCGUGGUGCGGGAGAAAAGUGGUGAGGACGCUCCCGUAUGGAGGAUGUUUGCCCCGGAUUUCCAGGGUCAGGUGGAAAAAGUUGUUUGUGCGGAUGGCGAGGAGGAGUUUAAUGUUAUCAUUCGAGAUAACUUCCGGGUGCCUACUGAAGCCGCAUUAGCAGUUGAGUUGCCGCGGGGCAAAGGUGAUCUUGGGGCCUUAGGGGAUCCUGAUGCGAAGGGUGUGCCUAAGAGGCAGACGGUGAAAGGCGUGCGCUUUCGCCAAAAGAAAAUAUCGGAGGUCCCUGUUGUGCCUCAUUUGGUACCGCAGGCGGCAGCUGCGGGCUCGCAGUCUGGUGCGGGGAAAAGGCAAGUAGAAGAGACGGCUGCUGGUGCCGGUGGACCGAAACGUCGGAGGCUGCAGUCUAAGAGGACUGUUCCGACAUCGAAGAAACCUGCGGUUACUGUUGAGCCUCAAGAUGAAGAUUUUUCUAUCUUUGAUGCUCCGGAGUCACCCCCUCGUGCCACGGGUGCGGGUGUGACUGAGGUACCCUCGACACCUCCUGCCAAGGUGGUGUCUGAGUCUACCGUGCGGAAGGAGGGUACCGCAGAGAAUGUUGCGACCCAGAUAUUCGAUACCGUUGACUCGUCCAACAAUCUGAUCUCUCCCAAUGAGGGAGAUAAUUUUAGUGUGCGGUUUGCUGAUACUGGGAAGCAACAGUCUGAUGCCGAACCGCAAAAAACUGGGGGAUGA